UUAUCUUCUUUAUUCUAUCAUUCAUUCAUAAUUUCUUUUGUUUAAUUGAUUUGAUUGAAUUGUCAUAGAAAGUCGUAGAAAAGAAUUUUACAAAAAGUUUUUGGUGUGUUCCCAUCAUUGUUUACGUUUUACAAAUGUUAAGUACAAGUUGAUUUGUUGUCACCCACUUCUUGAGGGUGUUAUGCCAUCUUCGUACAUAAUUAUCAUACCAUUCUUUGUCAUUGUGGUGGGCAGAUCAUUUGCAAAAAUGGAAAAUAAUAGUGGGCCAAGGCAGCUGUGUUGGGGUACACCGCAUUUGGUUUCUCUGUAAGAAGAAAAAUUACCAUUCCAAAUACUGCUUGUUUCCUGUUUUCAAGCUAGCUACAUGUACUUUUCACUUAAAAACUGAUGGUUAGAAACCAUUAUCUUUGUAGGUUGGUUCAACAGAUGUCAUGGUUAAUGAUAUCAAAUGCUUCACUAAUUAUAAGAUCUACAUGUAGCAUAACGUAACGGCGCCAAUCAGAUUCCCUUGUCUUUCUCCCCCGGCCGCUGUCUGACAUUUGUUCGAGUGCGCUCGCUGAGGAGUGUGAUUUUUGGGGAAGGUAACAAGUAACUUAACCGGUUCAGCAAAAUGCCUCAAGUCAUUUUGUCACCUGCCUGCCCUACUUUUAACGAACGUUCAUAGGUCAACCCAUGAUUAGCAUUGGCCACUCUAGCUAUUCCAAGGGGUUACUGCGCACGUCUACACAACUCGGACACAGGUAUUAAAGGCUUGCAGUUUUCCAAGCGACGCUUACAACUCUUACUACUAUGCCGUAUAUGAAACGGUCGCUGACAAUUGAUGAAGUGCCAGACGUGCACAAGGAGCCGUAUGUUCUUACGGGGUACAGGCCCCCACAGCAGCCAUGGCGUUUUUACCUGAUGAGUACCUUCUCCCAGCACAACGAAACCAUGAACGUCUGGACUCACCUUAUCCCAUCUUUCUACGUACUGUGGCUGCUGAAGAUAUACUCUGAAGACGUAAGCUUCGCAAGUGACGCUUCCUCAAUGCUUCUGCUUCUUUUCGGAACCAGUGCCUUCACUUCACAGUUCCUGAGCGCAUGCGCCCAUCUCCUACACUCUCGCUCUGUAGCUGCGUAUUACGUCACCUUCAUUUUUGACUUUCUGGGAAUCGCCUUCCACGUUUUCACCAGCGGGACCGUGCAGUACUUCCUCAGUAGCGAGGCUUCGUUCUUCCACGCCGUGUAUCCGUGGUUUCCGUGGGCAUGUGUUAUAUUCAGUUGUUGCUACUUUGCGGCCACUGCGUACUCGCACGUUAGGUACACGAGAUGUCAUUCAGAAAGAGUCAUGACGCAAGUAGUGUCCUUCAGUAUCAUAUAUCUGUGGGUCACUUCACCAGUGAUACACCGCAUUUACUCGGACAUCUACAACGGAACCGUGGAUGACGUCACGUGGAUGCAUGUAAAUCAUAUCUUGUUGAUCGCCAUAGCAGGCUUCUUCCACGGGUCAGGGAUGCCACAGAAGCUUUUCCCCGGCGUGUGUGACGUCAUUGGUCACGGCCAUCAGAUAUUUCAUGUAGUAAUGUCGACUUCGGUCAUAUUCCAGCUAAAAGCAUCGUUCGCAGAUCUGCAGAACCGCCGCCAUCUUGAUUUGGUUCGAAUUCGUCCUACCGACUGGUCAAUCACAGCUUACCUUGUUGUUUUGUUUACCAGUUAUGGCUACACCACUGCCAUAUUUGUGCACAAAGCUUUGUCAAAGGUACAUAAUAACUAACGUAAUUUUUGUCCUUUCUAGAUUAAUUCAGAUGGGCAUGUUUUUUUGUCUUCUGAGGUGAUAUUUUGUUUUGUUGGAUUGCCCACUAUGUAGUCAAUGUCUGAUUGUGGCAAAACAACGGCAAAUGUGGUGAAAUUAGGUUUCAGUGGUUAUUUAUCUACAAUAUAUCAUACCACAAAAUUCGGAACAGAAUACAAGAGAAGAGAAGUUAAAUACUUUCUCCUGGUCUAAUUUGUUUCCCUUCUUUCAUUUCUGUUCUAUGUUUACCUAUUUGAGUUCAAGGCAUUCAUAUUAUACUGUUUGUUUGUUUGUUUUUUUGUGUACUUUUGCGUAGUAACUUUGGAUUUAGGUAAUUCGAUUUGCUUUCAUUAUUAGAAUUUUAUUCUAAUAUUUUAAAAGCUAUUAUGUAAUUGGUUGUGUUAUUGCAUUGAGUUAGUCCGUUUGCCUUCUUUGUUUUAUUAUUCAUUCAUAAUUUCUCUUGUUUGAUUGAAUUGUUAUAAUUUGACCAAGGCAGACCUUUAUAUAACCACAAGCUUCGGGCCUCCCUUGCACUGGCACUGUCAUAUUUCAUUUAUAUGUCUUUAUUGUGUUUUUAGUAUGUUUUUAAGUGUGAAUAAAACAAACCAACAAGAAUAAAUCAAAACUACAAAGUGUCUAUUUCCCCCCAAUAAAGAUUACCGAAACUUGCGCAUGGCAAUCAGGAGGUUCUAUAUACGGUAUUUGUCAUAAACUUGUAUAUAAUUGAACGCUACUAUUAUAAUGUCAUAUGACAAAUGUUAUCCUUUGACACUUUGACAGAAAUACAUUGUAUUCCUAUGCAAAAAAAACAACUUUAUAACAAUCAAUUGAAGUCCUUCUUGCUCAGGUUCACUUGCAGUCGACUAAAUGGGUAUCUCAUUGGACUACGUUAUGUUAUGCAAAUUAGAUCAUGAUUUGCAUGAUUACCAUCUAAUUAUAUAAACCAUCCGUUAAAUACAUACCAGAAGUCGAUCUCUC